AUGUUUUCUUGUAAAAACGUGCUCCAUAUGUCAUUAGACAAAACACGCAUGUACAUUGCUAAGAACGUUUCGCGUUAAUUCAAUUAUACGAAAAACUAAUUUAACAAUCAGAAUGCCUGAUUUCGAUAUGAAAAGCAGUGACUCUGAGGAUAACAUGGAGUCGGAUGAUGAGCUCCGUGAAGCGUUUGCAAGAGGCGAUUUAAAGCCCGGACUGAACGUUGAAACCGUCAAAGAAAAGGCGAAGAUCAACAACAUUGCUCGAAUUCAACAAAAGCUGGGUCUAAUCGAACAAAAACUUCCGUGGAUCGAACGUCUCGAUAUGACAAAUGAAUUGGCUCCCGUUGCUCCGGAAAUAGCUGUACAAUUUGCCAAACACGAACAGAAACGAGCCAACUUAUUCGCUGGCAAUAAGAAAAUCAAAGCAUUCACACCCGAAGAGGAUCCGGUGCUGAAUGAUUUCAAGCGAGAAAUGUUGUUCCAUCGUCAGGCACAAACGGCCGUUGUUGAGGGUAUAAAACGUUUACAUGAAUUGGGCAUCAAAACAAAACGACCCGAUGAUUACUUCGCCGAGAUGACAAAGUCUGACGAACACAUGCAGAAGGUGCGUUCGAAUCUGAUGGCCAAACAGGAGGGACAAGCGAAAUCGGAGCGAAUUAAACAGAUUCGUGAACAGAGGAAAAUGGGUAAGCUCGUACAGCGACAGGCUAGAGUGCAACGAGACACAGAGAAGCGUGAAAUGUUGGACAAACUGAAGAAGUUCCGAAAGGGAAAAUUGCAAAAUUUGGACUUUUUGGAUGACACCAAAAGCGGUCAGAGUAAACGUGACGGGAAGAAGGCCAGCAAAGACAAACGUAACGCCAGAGAUAGUCGAUUCGGAUUUGGUGGGAAAAAGCGCGGAUUGAAAAGGAAUACGAAACAAUCCAGCAUGGAAGGUAACGACUACAAAGGCAAAUUUCAGAAUUCGAAAAAUGGACCGAAAGGAGCCGGAAGAGGUGGGAAAAAAGGAUCGGCACCACGAGCUGGCAAAAGCAAACGUGUAAAAUCAAAGUCGAGAGGCCGAAAGUAGAGGUACGGCUCCAACAUUAACUGCAAAAUGAAUAAACGAAAAUUUGUUACUUGAA